CAUUUAUCAUAAUGGCAAAAUACGAAUACUUCAUCAAGAGGACUUCUAAAAGUUCUCAGAUUUAUUACAAAAUUAUUCCUGCUAGCAGCCAAUGUGCCCAGAAAGGGCUAAACAUAGAGAUAGGCUCUGGGCUUAUGCAUGAGUAUGACUUUGAAGACUCAGAAUCAUCAUAUUUUUCUGAUGGGAAGCUAAUCUACGGAGUACUAGGCAUCCUGCAUAUAUACCCUACCUCAUACCUAGUCGUAAUCUCUGAGCUUAACGAUUCCAAAGUUCUCAGAGUUGACGGCAAGGAGAUCUACGAGAUCAAGAAGGUAGAGAUUUUAUCACUAUCUGGCAAGAAAAAGACCAAGAAUAAGUCUUAUGAAGAUGGGUUAUAAGCAAGCUACUCAGCUCAGGAUUUUACUUCUCUUAUGAGCUUGACCUCACUAGAAGAUUACAGAGAGGCAAAGGAGAUGACAGAUACUGGUGGAACCGGAAUAUGUAUGAGGACUUCAAGACUUAUGGCAUAUCCUCUAGCUGGGCAAUCAAACUCAUUCAGGGUUAUGUUGGAUACUCGAAAAUCAUUGUCAAUUCUGCAAACUUAGAGUUAACCUUAAUAUCACGAAGAAGGACUGGCAUGGCAGGGACGAGAUACUCUCGCAGAGGAAUUGACGAUGAGGGAAACACAGCUAAUUUUGUCGAAACAGAGCAGAUUUUAAAAUUUGAAGACUAUAUUCUCUCAUUUGUCCAAAUCCGAGGCUCUGUACCUGCAUUUUGGGAGCAGACAGGGAUCAGUGCUGACCUUAACCUCACUCGGACACUUGAAUUAGACAGACAAGCAUUCGAUAAACAUUUUAACGAUAUGAUCGGGGAAUACGGAAAACUUGUCUGGGCAAAUUUAUUAAACAACAAGAGAUCAUACGAGAUGAAGCUGAUCCGAAGAUUUGAAGAAUUAGUAAAAAUGUAUGCUGGAAGUAAUAAUCGAUACCUCUAUUUCAACUUCCAUCAAGAAUGCAGCAAGAAUAAUUUUAAAGUCAUGGAGCAAAAGUUGAAACUUGGAAGCUGCUCUAAUUUUCUAGGCUUCUUGGUUAAACAAAGAGGAAGGGUUGACAAAAGACAAGUUGGUGUAUUAAGAACGAACUGUCUAGACUGAUUGGAUAGAACGAAUAUCUGACAAGCGUUUUAUGCUCUUAAAGCAUUUGUAAAUCAGCUGGAGUUCUUUAAGAAUGCUGGGGUUCUUAAUGAAGACUCUGUAUCUCAAGCUCAAAAUAAUUGACCUGAUGAAGGUGCGUCACCUUUUCCUAAUCUUCUAGACAAUUAUACAGCCAUUCAGUUGAUAAAUUGUAUGAAAUCUAUUCGAAAAAUGUGGGCAGAGAAUGGAGACGAAAUCAGCCGCCAAUACGCAGGUACUGGAUCAACUUCUACAGAGGUAACUGUAAACGGUAAGACUUCCAUCAAAGGGAAAAUUACUCACAAGAUGACUUCAAUCGAGAGAUUCUUUAAGAACAAUAUUAACUCGAAAGACGACGUCCGGCAAGACAGUAUAGAUUUCCUGACUGGGUCACAUAAGCAGUUCUCAAGCUUGGCUGGGAGAGAAGUUGAUACUACAGUUAAAGAGAAGGAAAGUGAGUACUCCCAGAUUAAUACCUACACUUUGUGUGUCUUCUCUUGGAACAUUGCUGGGAAUGAGCCUAAAUACGAAAUGGAUUUCGUCAAUGUCUUCAAAUCAGAUGAGUUUCAUCCAUCCCCGGAUAUAGCAGUUAUAGGGUUCCAAGAGACUUUGCCUCUUAAUGCUCUCAAUUGAUUAAAAGGGCAUGAUAAAGGAAGGGUCGAGGCACUAAAAUCUCAUGCUGAGGAUGCUCUUGAUGAUCUAGACCCAGAAGCUGGCUACAAGUUUGUCUCCCAAUCCCCAAUGGUAGGGCUCUUAAUCAUGGUCUUUGCUAAAGAAAAUCUUAUUGGGAGGAUUACAGAUGUUUGAUCCACUAAAGUUAAGUCAGGAUUUGGAGGAAAUGUUGGAAAUAAAGGAGGAGUUAUGGUCAGGUUAGAGCUCGACAACACUUCAAUUUGAUUCUGCUGAGCACAUCUCGAAAGUGGACAAAAGAAAGAAAAAGAAAGAAGACAAAAUUUAAAAGAAGUUGUUGAAUCUGGCUUUUCUGAUAAACCUUCUCGAUAUAAUUUCAUGAAUCACGAUGUUAAAAUCUUCUUUGGAGACCUCAAUUUUCGGAUAAAUCUUCCCUAUGACGAUGUUAUUGGAAUUAUUGAUGAUAUGACCGAAUAUAACAAGGACGAUAAAAUGAGUAUUUUGCUAAAUAAUGAUCAGCUUAACCAGUGAAGAAUGGAUUAUUCUUGGCUUUACCAUUACAAAGAGAUGCCAAUAAAGUUCUUGCCAACUUAUAAAUAUGAUAAAUAAAUCAGAUACAUAUGACACUUCAAAGAAGAGGAGAGUCCCAGCCUGGACUGAUAGAAUCUUGUGGCAUCAUAAUGAAGAAGAGAGCAAAGACAAAGGCUCUCAGUACAUCUCUCCCAUACUCUAUGAAAGAAGAGAAACCAAUUUUUCAGACCAUCGUCCUGUCGUUGCUUAUUUUGAGAUACAUGCUCAUAGACAUUGUAGUGAAAAGAAAGCUAAAAUUAAGAACACUAUUGCUAGUAAGAAGGCAACCUCGUUUAUUGUCAAAAAGCCAAGCUAUGAUCCUGCAGAGACUCAGGUGAAGAAGGAAUUUGGAGAUGAUUUUGAUCUUUUCUCCUCUCCACCAAAGAAAGAGCAACAUAUUCAUCUUGAUUUGAAUGUGAAUAGGGCUCAUCCAAAAACCAAGGAAGAAGUAAAGAGACCAACUCCUAAUAAAGAUUCUCCUCUUGAUGACUUACUUCAAUUUGAUAACAAUCUGAUAGACAUAAGGGAGAAAAAGCAGGAUGAUGGGAACCUGAUUGACUUCAGCUCAAAGACCCGACAGAUGCCUCAUCCUGGGCAUAGAUUUUAUCCACAUGCUCAUAGCAUGCAUGGUCGGAACCCUUACGUGCAAAUACAAGGGCCGAUACAAGGAGUUCACAAUGGCUUUGGGAUGCAGAAUCAUUUCCCAAUGUAUACUCCAAAGCCAAUGGGAUUCUUCAAUUCCAACACCGGUACUAAGGGGCCAAGGAUGAGGGCUUCAGUGCCUAGAAAGCCCAGUGCGGACUUAAUCGGGAAGGCUGCUCCUAAUAACGUUCCUCAAAAGAAGGCAAUGCCUCGGACAGAAGAGUUCUUCAAAUUCUAGCAGCUUAAAUGUGUUAAUA